UCGCACGCGAAGGGAGAGGGCGAAAGUGAAAGUGAACUAAAACUAAAAGCUAUUUCUGUACUUUGUCAGCGGACUGGUGGUGCUGGGCGGGCGCCCGUUUGCCCUCGAGCCCCUGGGAGUGUCAGGCACGGGGGUGAUGCACGCGAGCUACCCCGCGGAACGCGCGCUCGCUCGCGACCCCCGCCGGCAGAAGAGGGGGGGGCGGCGGUGGCGGCGGGGCGCCGGGAGAUCGUGCACCGUCGCUGCGGAGGGGGAGAAGUCGGGCCACAGGUGGGGGUCCUUGGCCAGGCAGGAGGGGGGCGGCAGCGCCGCCAGGGAGCAGAGCGGGGCGGGCGCGGCGGGCACGCACUACCAGCAUAUGGAGAAGGACCCCGCCUGGGUGCUGCAGGACACCAAGUAUGUGGAAAUGUUCAUGGUUGUGGACCACACAAAGUACAAGAUGCAAAACAGAAGCAUGGAGCGGGUCCGACAGCGGAUGCUGGAGGCUGCAAACCACAUGGACAAGCUGUACCGGCCGCUGCGCGUGCGCGUGGCGCUCGUGGGCCUCGAGGUGUGGAGUGCGGGCGACCGCGCCAACGUCAGCGCGGACGCCAACGCGACGCUCAAGGGCUUCCUGGCGUGGAGGCGCCGCGAGCUGGCCCCGCGCGCCACCCACGACCACGCGCAGCUCGUCACUGGUGUGCAGUUCGAGGGCGUGACGGUGGGGCUGGCACCAGUGGCUGGCAUGUGUGGGCAGAACAGCGGCGCCGUCAGCGAGGACCACAGCUACAACGUGCUGGGCCUGGCGUCCACCAUGGCCCACGAGAUGGGCCACAACCUCGGCAUGAGCCACGACUCGACGGAGCGCCGCUGUCACUGCGAGGCCACGGAGGAGCAGGGAGGCUGCGUGCUCGCGCCGCGGCUCAAGCACGGCUUCCCCGUGGGUUUCAGCAGCUGCAGUGUGCAGGACCUGCAUGGCUUCCUGCAGGCCGGUGGGGGGCCCUGUCUCUACAACGAGCCCCUCCCGGACGCGCUCUAUGGGGGGCCCGUGUGCGGAAACCUCUUCCUGGAGCCCGGGGAGACGUGCGACUGCGGCACGGUCGAGGAGUGCGACAACCCGUGCUGUAACGCCACGACGUGUCAGCUGGUGAGCGGGGCGCGGUGUGCUCACGGAGCGUGCUGCUCGCACUGCCAGGUAGCGGCCGCGGGCGUGCGGUGCCGCGAGCGCAUGCACGAGUGCGACCUGCCCGAGCUGUGCGACGGCCGCUCUGCCCGCUGCCCCGACAACCUCUACCUGCUGGACGGGCACCCGUGCCGCGGCGGGGCCGCCUACUGCUACGGGGGCCUGUGCCCCACCCUGGACGCGCAGUGCGCCAGCCUGUGGGGCAAAGGAGCCUCGCGGGCGCCUGACGUCUGCUACUUCCUGGGAAACCAGCGGCAGGACAAGUUCGGGAACUGUGGGCGCACCGAGCACGGCUUUGUGACCUGCGACCCAGGGGACGUGCUCUGCGGGCAGACGCACUGCGUCGGGGGUAACAAGCACCCGGUGACGGGCGUGACGUACACGCUCACGUUCGGGCCCGUGCGCUGCAAAGUGGCCGGCACCAGCGACGGAGACGACUCCGCUUCGGACCCCGGCCUCGUGCUGCCCGGCACGCGCUGCGGCGACGGCAAGGUAUGCUACCAGAACCGCUGCCAGGACGCGUCUCUCCUGGGCGCCCACAACUGCUCCGCAACGUGCAGCGGGCAUGGGGUGUGCAACAACAAGAGAGAGUGCCACUGCGACUACGGUUGGGCGCCCCCCUUCUGCAGCAGCCUGACCCCACACAUGCGCACAGUGGUUCUGGCGCUAGCGCUGGCCCUGGGAGCAGCUGGAAUGUUGGCGCUGGUCGCUGCCGUCUGCCACUGCCGGAGGCGCAGGAAAGCGGCGCACGAACGAUGCAGCUCCAAGCACCCCAGGAGCAUCGCGGGCCUCUCCAACCCCCUCUUCUCGGUGCCUGCGAUCCAGGGCAAAGCGCCGGCUGCACCCGAGACGCAGCCUCAGCAGGCGGGUGCCCACGCGCCCCUCCACCCGCCGCGGUUCCCCGCCGCCGCCGCCGCGUUCGCCCUCCGACCCGCGCGAGCCGCGCCGGCGCCUUCCCUGCAGCCCCAGCGCGCCGCGCCCGCUCCCCCGGCCACGGCCGCCGCUUUCUCCGCUCUCGGGCCUCCCCCGUCCGCCCCGUCGCCCGCUCUCAAGCCCCGGCGGGCCCCCGCCACCUCCUUCGCUCUCCGACCCUUGAACCCGGCGCCGACCCCCGUGCAUCGACCCCAGGGCUCGGCCGUGCCGCCCCCGCCGCCCCCCAAGCCCUGCAAGGUCCCCGGCCCCGGGGACGCGGCGCCGGCCACGCCGCCGCCGGCCGUGCAGCUGCAGGCCGCCCCCCCGCGGGCCCCGGCGUGCCCACCUGCUCCUGGUCGCCCUUUGCCUCCAGUAAAGGUGAAAAACCUGCAGAUUGUGGCCCAGCUGCAGGCUGCCCUACAGCAGUCCCAGGCCCAGCGUCCUGCGAGCCCCCGGUGACUCAUCGCCUCCUCUCCAUGAGACGCCCAAAGGGGAGCGACUCCAGGCAACUACCAGCAGCCGUGGUGGCCUCAAGGUUCAAGCGGCUAGCCUGCCCCACCAGGGUUUCCUACAAUCACUCGUACCACAUAAAGUGUGGCCGACUGUAUUGACACAAAGCGCCGGCGAGUGCCGCUCAUAUAGACCCAGCCACGCGUGGUGACGUUACCCCCGUAGGCCAGUCACCUGGAGGUAGGAUUUGUUGCUUGAACGAAGAUGGAGCCUGCAUCAGACGACUGCUGAGCAGUAAAGUUCCCAUAUGAUGCGUGCAACUGCAGAAAUAAUGUUUUGUGUCUAACUCUUAUGAGUUUUAGUGUUUCAUCUGUCAUGUGCAUGGGUUUUCUCUCUGUCGGCAGUUUCCGCCCAUACCUGACAGAAAUGCAAUAAGGGAAUUUCCAAUAUCGUGAAGAAAGACAUUGCAGAUAAAGUCUUGAGGCUCAGUGAAAUAGUGAAAUAUUAUCUUAGAAUGCCAUUUCGGUUUUACUCCACCUGAUGGUGUAAGUCUUUACGUUUCGUUUUGAAUGCUUGGGCAGAUACACCUGGAAGAAAUUGGACCCCUGAGCUUUGUAUGACAUGGGCACCCAAAGCUCACGUUGUUUGAAAGUGGUACUUGGUAAACCUCCUCUUGUAUCAGCCACUCUCAAAUCUCCUCCUGCACUCCAACGUGUGCCUUCACAAGAGAACACGAUAGACGUCAUCUCAAUACUAUGUUGUUGAAUUUCUACAGCGGUGAAGAAGACAUUUACUGUUGCCAUAUGUGUGUACAGCCAUGCCUUAAGCUGUGUAAAACAAAACUGUUACACAGUCUCCACACUUCCACAGCACAACACAUCGCACACUAAACAUCUCACCAUGGUAGCGAUGGAUAUUUUGUUUAAAUGAAUGCGCCGCAUGUGUUGUAGGUUAAUAACUCAGAUGACAUAAAAGGCAGAAAUACAGCGCCCUUCAAUUGUCUAUCUCAUGCAACGAAGGGGCUCUCUUAUGACAGAGCUGGGGUUGGAUUCAUUGUAAAACCACGUUUUUUCUUUCUUAUUUUGUGCGGCCAUCGGUUACUCAAAAAAAAUGAAAAGCGUUCCCACGCUCUUGCAAGCGUUGGCUGGGAUCAUCGUCAUUGGUGAUCCUCAGCCAGUAUCAGAAAUUCCACAGAGAGAGGAGAGCAGUCUCGCUUAAGAAAGACCACCACUUCCCAAAAAGGUGGUGCUGAUUUUAACGACCCUGCAGGGAUGAUGGACUAAAUUGAUCUCCAGCCAGCAUUUUGAUUCGUGCACUCUGAUGGCGCGUCUAGCACUCUACCCGCAGCUCCACCCUGCUAAAUCAUUUGUAACUCGCCCAAGAAGGAUGAACAAACACCCAUGGGGGCAUCGUGGCUUCGUGCCGGGCUGUGUCCACAGAUCAAAUGUGAAGUCUCAAGAGUGCAGGCUCAGUGUUCUCGCGUGCACGGAGCGUGAGCCGUCCCAGCCAACCAAUCACCUCUGCCUUGAUCAAAAUUUUAUAUUGUUUAUUCCGGCACGUGUUUCCACUGCAAACACCAAUUUCACCCAAGUGCACCUCCUCCUACGUGACUGGAGCUCGUAAACCCGUCCCUGGUGCAUCGCAUGCCCAAUUGAGAUGAGCUCAGCACACUGACACACAAUGUGCAUUUGUAGAAUUGGUAGUCCUGGUUCACACCGCUGUGGAACUUCCGUGAUGCAUCUCACAUGCCGCGUGGAUGUGAUGUAUUGCACGCGUAAAGUUAGAUUAGAAAAGAGCCACGUUUUAACAAUAGUGUUCCAGUUGCAUGAAGAAGAUUUAUCUCUUGACGGGUUUUAAUUCGGGUAAACAUUUCACGGCGCUUGUUGCUAAAUGGUUGCGAUGGCUGCCAAAGAAAAUAACCACUUUCUAUGAAAUUUAUGGAGCGAUUUAAAAUAAAAUCAUUCUGCUGCUGUUGCUGCUGCAGAUUUCCAUUAGUCUCAACAUCCAUUGGAUGUUCGUUCUGGUUGAAUGUGCAGGCUCCAGCAUAGCACAUCACAAAGGUGAUUUAAAGGGUAGGGGAAAAAGACAUCCUUGUCAUUGUCAGACUGAGUGCAAAUGGAAUUUCAUCCACAUUCGGAUGUGGAACAGGCAUUGCUAUAUGGUAUUGCUAUACAUGCAAAAUUUCAAAUUGAUUUAACCUGAGGGUUAACCAUUGAACAGGGAAAUCCAAAACUCCACUAAACAUGCCUCUCCAGGGUGCCAUUUGACAUGUUUUACUAAUGCAGUAAUUAUAAACUUGUUUGUAAAUAGGCUGCAAAAAUGUGUUCAUUGGUGAAUAUGAAAAAAGAUGUAAAAUCUAAUAUUUGGGGACGGAUUCUGGAGCAUUGGUUUCUGGCGUUUCGUGAACUGUGAACACUUUGAAGUCGAUGCUGUGUCAUCUCAAUGACCUUCAAUUUAAAACGGUGACUCAAGAGUAAUGCGAUCUUGUGAUCUCAAUUCAGCUAAUGACAGAGCUGUCAAAUGGAUGGACGUGCAGACAUCGUGUGCAUAUGCCAACUGCUUGUUCAUCCAUGUAUUGCUCUGUAACUUAGCAUGCUUGUUUGGAGUAUUUCUGUUCUAUUCGCAUGAGUGCAUACAUAUAUGUAUAGUCCUUUGUGGACUUUCAGAGCCCUCCCCCUUUGGGAACCAAUCUUCUAAAAGAUAAAUUAACAGUGUUUAUUGUCUCAGCCCAUAAGAAUAAUAAGCGAUGUAGUCAUAUAGAAAAACCUCACUGAUUCUCAAGGCUUCUUCAGAAGUGACGUUGCUUAUAUAUGUUAGGCCAAUUCCUCAUCAUGAGUAUUAUGCAAAUUUAUCCCUAAGACAACCACUGCUGUCUCACCAUAAAGUGAUACUCACUUUAUUGAAACCAGGGGGUCAUGGGUUAAGCCCUGACCAUUCAACUUUGUCACAUUGUUGUCUCUGCCAUGUUAAUGUGGAAUUUCCACUGCUGGUGCAGGGUCACCUCUGGUCAACCGAUUUCUCAAUUGAAACAGGACAAGAUUUGUAAUAAAAAGGACACUUAUGGACAAAUAGUCAUAAAGAUUCAGUGAGACUUUCCUCGGUGAUGUUUAAACCUCGACACAAGAGUGAGACGUAAGCUAAAUGUUUAAAUGUUGACGGUAUUAAGUGUGCACACACAACUCACUCGUGCACAUUCAGUAGAAGACUGAAGCAGUGUAGGAUUUCAAUGGGCCUUGCCAGAGUGCCAUAUAUUGCAGUGCGACUCACAUCCGCAAUUCCACCUGAACCCCAUGUUCUCUUCAACCCACCAUGUAAAUCUGCUAACUAUUAUUUACCAAGACCGCGUGCUUUGAUUUAAGUGUCACUGUCCGUUUUAUUUUAAUAUGGCCACCUUUCAUGCCGUAAUAAAUGGCUUAAAAAUGCACAUAUACCGUAGAUCAUCACAUCGGUGAUUAAACCUCUCGAUAAGCGAUGGUGCAAUCCACAGGUUCAUAUUUCAUGUUGUGCCCGGGAAACUAGACUACAAACAAAAACUUAAUUAUGAAGACGUAAUGAAAUAAGUCUACAGUAUAUGGUGCAAUAAACGUAAUUUUUCUAUCAGGACAUUUAUUAUUUUUCGGCACAAGUUUAAGUAAAUAAAAAAAAUAAAGUAAAAAAAAACACAAUUUUGGUUACUCUGAAUAAAUACAACUAAUGCAACUGUCGUUAAAAAAAUUUAAAUGUGACCCAAUCAUGUUAUUUCAUGGUGGAAUACAUCUGUAUAACUCUAUAAAAUGGCGGAAUGGUGUUAUAAAUUAAAGUAUCUACAGUAUUUUAACAGUUGUUAACUGAUGGGUUUUUUAUAUGAACAUGACUUGAUUAACAUUUUCACUCAGAUUUAUUAUUUUAAAAAAACUUACGACCAUAAUUUAGAUAUUUUCUUUAUAAAAUGGCAUAAUUUGCAACCUCACUAAUACGAUGUUUCAGGCGCCCACGACUAGUUAGUCCAUUAAUCAAGUUAAUUGGCCAAGUCUGGCCCAAACACGUGUGAGUGAUCUCACUUUUACGAGCACAGGGAAUCGGCCGUGAAGUACACCGUCUCUUAUUCUGCCCAUUCAAAGAGCCACCCCAUCACAGCUGGGUGCUUUCGAUGUCUUCUCUGUGGCUGGUUCCGCAGGAAUUGUGUGACCUUCACUUAACAUGACCAGUCUACUGUGGUGGUAAUGACAUUCAUGUAUCCUAUCCAUUGUCAAGCAGGAAAUAUUAUUCCGUAGUUAAAUACAAUUGAUUGAUUUUUACAAAUCGAUUAUAUUUAAUCGCACUACUCUUUGAUCUAACCCCAAAUUCCUAAAUGCAUCCAUCUCCCCCCCACCCCCAAUUGUUGCACUAUAAAAAGCUCAUAACACAGAUGGAUGAGUUGUCUUGUUAUUUGUGCUGGCUUGCUGCAGUGUGCCUGCCUGGUGUCUUGUUAGUGUCUUCAGUGAUCAAUGAUCGUGGUUGUUUAUUUUACAUGGUCUUAUUCAGGUCUGCCUCGCGCAAAAGGAAAGGACUCUUCUCUCGCUCGAGAAACAAACGCCAGACUACCGCAAUGCACCAGCACCAACCCCUUGGCCUGCUUGCGAGGAGCACAUUUUGAUUUAUCUAACUGACGGCAGACAAUAAAGAGAAAGUGAGAUCGUCAGCAGUAAACUUGCUAAGGGGGAUGCUGCUGUCAGACCUUCCUGUCUGUUUGCAAUAGCUACAUUAAUUACGAGCUGUACGAAACAGAUGGCUGUUUACUCUGGGCAGUUCAGAAGAGGGUAAAGGUGAUUCAUAGCAACUGGGUGAUGCACUGCACUCAAGUUACUACUCCCAAGUCAACGUUUGCUUCUAUAGCCGGUGUAGAACAGCUCUGCUGCUCCAUCUACACAAGGUCAACCCAGCUUGAAAUUAUUAGUACUGUCUUGAUGAAAGCCACCUUGAGAUUGACAGCCUGACAUUAAUGCAUGGUGAUGACCACUCAGAGGUGAAUUGUAUCUGAAGGCCUCCUCCAGGUAGACCCACUUUCAAAUGACGAACCGUUGCCAGUGAUGGAGAUGCUGGAAAGACGUACUAACAAUUCAGUGGCACAUGGUUGGAUUCCUAGUUCGGGAUUCCAAGUUGUGUUCCUAGUUAGGGUUGGAUCGCUUGUGCUGAAGUAAUUGAUGGAAGCCUGUUAACAGAUACUUAACCCAGUUGACUGUUUCACCACAACUUCAAACCCUGGAAUUGCCAUGGUGUUCGCAUAACAAACGUAGCUGGGCAGAGGUUAGCCCAGGCGCUAUAUUUCCCGUAAUGGCCUUACCUAGGUCAAUUUCACCACACGCAAGGAAUUGGGUAUAGUCGAGCUCAUGUGGCAUUGACCUUUAACUCUUUACAUGACAGAGAAUUGAGUGACUGCUAGCAGCCUUGCCCUGGUGGCCCUGUCAUUGUAUCACUAUAAGGUUGUAUUUCGAGCUCCAUGUGUUAAUGCGGCACUCUAUCUACAGCAAGACCUGCAACUCAGGUAUGAUGCCAAUAAAGUAGGGCAGAGUGAGCCAUGCACUAUGGUCUCUUGUAUUUUGUGAUGUAAGCUAGUAUUAUAAUUGUAACAAAUUACGUUGUAUACAGCGCCUCUUAAUGCGCCUUCUGCUUGAAACUAACGAAGCCCCCGUGUGUUCUGUGGAGGCAUCGUGUUCUUUUAGACGUCGUCUGCACUAAAUGUCGUAGAUUGGUCCUGUGAGCUUUUAACCCUAGCUUUAACCCCAUGAACUUACAUUAAAAUAUUGACAUAUUGAUUGGUUAGAAGGGAACUCAGUCACUAGCCCCUCAUUGCCACUCUACUAUUUUAUGGUAAAUUCAUUAAAGUAUAAAGCACUGUAUAGCAUUGCAAAACACAGUUAGUACCUGCUGACUGAUGUGAUAUCAUCAUGUUACCGUUGCAUGAGUGUUCUGGUUAAAAAUAAAGCCUAUUGCAGUUUUCCACCGCCACACGUAUGUAAUGUAAUGAAAUGCAAUAAUGAGCACUCUUUGACCAAUUAGGCGUAUACGGGCCAUUUACAUGGUGUCUCAGUUUGUAAGAGUGUAUGUCUCUGUUAUAGAUGCAUUUUGCACUGGUUAAACUGUUUGAAUGGGCUCUAGUGUGCUGGUCUUGUGCCUACAAAAUUGCAGCUUCAGCCGUGCCUAAUAAAAGCUGAAAAUGCAUCAACGUACUUUGUGACCGUUGAAGAACACCAUCGCCGUGCCGCUGUGUUUGCUCAGCACGAGUGCUUGCUUAUUCUGGCUAAAAUUCAACUUUCCUGUUCAUCUGGGAAUGAACCUUGGGGCGGAGCGCGUGUGCACAAUGAUGGGUCAUAACGAUCCGGCAAACUUGAGCGUUUUGUCUGUAACGUUGCCAGGACUUUACCCAGUACCCACCGAUCACGUCUCGUUUUGUUUUGUUGUCACACUCGUUGCAGGAGUGGGUUGACCAGGGUGAGAUGAUGGAAAAGAACAUAAAACGUUGCUGCCUUAUGGUUAUUACAUUAUAGAAAGUAAUGUGAGCAAUUGUGUUAACUUAUUAGGAGUGUCUUGGAUAACGUGUAUUUCGUGGCAAGCAGUUCGUCUGUUUAUAGACUGCAUUAGGUCGAGUUUGCUUAGACAACAGUAUUGGCGGGCUUGUUGGACCUAUUGGUGGAAUUUGUCAAAUCAACAUUACAUAUUUGGAAUAAAUGUACUGCUUUUUUCAUUUAAAAAAUAAUGACACAAAUCAAGUACGAACUGUCUUGUAAAACUAUCGUUUCACUGACACUGCGAGCAUGGCAGAGUGGUAUCAGUUGUGAACCAAGCGUCGGAUUGGUUGGCCGUUUGUGUGACAUCACGUGCCCCUCUGUCAAGCAGGUGAUUUGGUCAGUAAAAUUAAUCAUCCAAGCUUGGUAGCAACCUCUGCCAAAAAUACAUGCAGUAUGUAGAGUGAGUGUUCCAAGUGAAAUGUUAAGAGUGAGUAGCCAUCGAUUGCGAACUCGGAGAGAAUUAUAUAAUUUAAAAAAAUCUAUGGUGCAUGAAGGAUCGGUUACUCCAUAUGGAUGUCUUAACAUCUGCUCCAGUAUUAUAUUUGACAUUAUUGCAGCUGGGUUUACCAACAUUUCCAUGAAGGUACUCGUUAUAUUUAAGCUAAAAAUGAGUAAUCAACAGAGAAACUAGCUCUUUUUUUACUUAAUGUCAAUGCUUUAUUUUCAAUGUUUGUGCUCUGACUUCUAUUAAUUUGCAGCUGUAAACAUGUAACUAUUACACAGCCAUGUUAAACUAGUGUUGAAUGGAUUAUUCAUCCAUAGACCUUUUAGAUAUUUUUCAAAACUAAUAUUUGCUUGAGAAAGAUUUUUGCGGUUCAAUUUUUUACUUGAUUCAUCCGAUGAAUUUUUUACAAUUAAUCUUAUUUUUCCUCGUU